AUGCAUGUUUGUUCGGGUUCUCAAAGGAAAUAGUAAAGAAAACAUCUUCACACUUGUGUAUUGGCUGAAAUCUGCAUUCUGACUUAAAGGGAGGGGUCUCUACCACUUUAAUCCUACUGCUUUGCCUAAGGGCAUUCAGAUUGUGCUUUAGCUGGAUGGUUUUCAUUUCUGCUUAAUAAAAGAAUCCUUUUGAACAACUACGUUUCAAGAGUUCGUACUUUCUUAAGUUGGAAGGACAGGCGAUCCUUACAGAAAGCACAAUCUGCAAACGGUCAACCCAGAGAAGCAAUCUUUGCUCUACUGAGGGGACCUUGCAAACCAUGUCUGAACAAAGCAGAGAGCUGGGAGAAACCGAUUGCUGGGGAGAGACAGCAACUGCCACCCAGUCAGAUGCCUGUCUCGUGCAACCCAUCGGAGAGGAUGAGGUAACCCUGGGGAAUCCAGAAAAACCCCGCUGGUCGAUUGGCAUUGGGAAGAAAGAUGGCUGGGAUGAGAGAACCAGAGGAGUCACCCUCAACCGUGGCAACCAAAAACCGGGGUGGAAACUGGAACUAGAAGCCCUUACUGACCAGGGGGGGCUGACAGAAGCACCCCUGAGGGAGGACUAUCUGAAGAGGCAUAUAACCCAAUUGGUGAUGGAGACUUUGGAAAAUCUUAACAUCCGAAGGGCACCAGGACAACAACCAAAGAGCACUGAAAGGGCAGCAGUCAUGGAUGAUGCCAGGGGAGGCACCCCCCUCCUGGAGCCCACCUAUCGAGCAGAUGGUGCAGCAGCAGCGGGAGAAGACCCAGCAAACCCUCCCCCCCAGGCAGCACGCACACCAGCGCCCAUUCCCAACCAACCCCGGGCUCCUCAACUGGAAAGAGAAACUCCCCCCCCCCCGUAUGUCACUGCCGAAGAAGCUGAGAUUGAUAUGGCCAGAAACCAGUAUCGAGUGGGGCGAGCAUGGAAGAAAUCCUCACCCCAAUGGAAGCAGGAGCCCCACAAACCACAAACCGCAUUCUCCCGGAGAUCUUCAGCCUGUUUCAAGUGUGGAAAAGAAGGGCACCAAGCUGCAGAGUGUCGUUCACAAACACCCGCCUGGAACCACCCACCGGGGGAGGGUCCUGAAAAACCGGGUUGGUGUGGGAAGGAGACUGCUCUGAGGAGCAGGCAGACCACAGAAGUUCCAUCCCCUCCCCUCUUUGGGGAAGAAACCCUGGUAUCUGAACAGGAGGAAUCACACUCGUUCGGAAGCGAUCCAGAUGAUGAGCCACUGGUUAUUAUUAUUCAUUGGUGCAAAGACAUCAAAGACAAUACUUUAAUUGCUCUUAUGUCAAAAAAGGUCAAAGAAGGGGUGUGUGGCCAGUGUAGUGGCAAGACAACAUGUGCUUUGGGUGCUCCCAGGGGGCCAUUGAUAUCUCAGCUGUUUGGGAGUCUUCAUUGA